AUGGACGACCCGUGUCAAGCAUGGCCGUUCUGGAAGUUUGGGAUGAAGAGAGCUGACCUCUCCACCAAACUGCAAGAUCAAUACAACACCGUCCCCUCCAGCAUCCAGGACCCUGACGCCUUCCACCACGAUGUUUACGAAAUCUCCCGCCUCGCCGAUACCGCCGACGAGUUCCACCGUCUCAUGGCCGACCGCAAGGAGCAGCGCUUGAAGGAACUGAACGCGUCCCUUGAUCUCGCUGCAGUCGAGAUCAUUGCGAACCCCAAACUCGUCGGUACCGCGCAGUGGUCGCACGCCCUGCAGCUCUUCCGGACGCGUUCCCUCGACUCCCUCGUGAGGCUCUUUUCAAGUUACCUGCCCGACAACUACGACUGCCAUCAAGGUUACUACACGGCCUCGUCGGCCGCAUCCUCCUUCGAUGACGGAUGCAGCACCCGCACGGCUAGCACAAACCUCAGCAGCCUCGACGUCGACGGUCCUACUUUCUUUCACGAUGAUGACGAAAAGCCUAUCAUGACGUACGAACCCUUACACAUCUCCACCUCCAUCUCUUCAUCCCAAGAGCUUCCUCCCUCUCCUCGCUCCAUGACCACGCAGUCUGAAACAUCGGCAUCGUCACCCAUCGACGCCGACCACGACGACUAUGUCCUCCACAACCUCACGCCAGCGCGCACUCUGUCAUUCUCAGGAUCGGAGUCUGGUCGCUUCGCGGGGAGAGUUCUCCGGUGUCUCGAUGACGACGAGGAAGAGACCUCGCAGUCCGAAGACCCGGACUCCCUGACGACGUCCGUCUCCGAUCUCGAGGACCGCUCAACGCGUGAGUCCAGUGUGGAGGAGGAGCAGGUCGAUUACGCCUACUACCCCGACAGCGCAAUUGACGAUGAGGACUGUGACGACGAGUUCCCGACAACCCAGCUACCCUUCGACCUUUUUGACGACGACGUGAUGGAGUCUUCAGAAACUCCCACGCCCAGACCCGAAACCAAAUUAUCUUCUUCCACAGCGGCGGCGUCCUAUCUUGACAGCAAAACAUACUCUUCGCUUCGCUCGAUACCCACUUCUUCUUUUCGCAGUUCCUCACCAAAGAUACCCCACCGCCGUCGUGACGCCAGCCCUGCAAAGACCAGCACCAGCAGUAGUAGUAGUAGCAGUAUGAUGAUGAGUAGCAGGAGGAGUCCUGAAGAAGCGUCAUGUCGCAUACAGAAGCCGCAGCCCGACGCGAUACGCGGGGCGCGGGCCCUGGCGGCAAAGGGACGCAGGAGGGGUCUGGACUAG